AGUAUUGUCAGAAGUAAAUGAGAAUGUUGAGAAGGAUCUGAAGAGAAAGACUGAAAAAUUAAAGGAAGAGGUAGUUAAAAAAAGACUGAAGGAAGCUGCAGGCAAAAAUGAAUAUGAUUCAA